AGGAAAAUAAUAACGAAAAGGACCGGGAAGACGCAGCAUGGCCACCCCACAAGGAGAACCCCAAGUGCAGUUUAAACUUGUUUUGGUUGGUGAUGGUGGUACCGGUAAAACAACAUUUGUUAAGCGCCACUUGACGGGUGAAUUUGAGAAGAAAUAUGUAGCUACUCUGGGUGUUGAAGUCCAUCCUCUGGUGUUCCACACUAACAGAGAUCCAAUUAAAUUUAAUGUAUGGGACACAGCUGAGCAAGAAAAGUUUGGAGGUCUGAGAGAUGGCUAUUACAUCCAAGCUCAGUGUGUCAUCAUAAUGUUUGAUGUAACAUCCAGAGUUACAUACAAGAAUGUACCCAACUGGCAUAGAGAUCUGGUCUGGGUGUGUGAGAACAUCCCCAUAGUUUUGUGUGGCAACAAAGUGGAUAUCAAGGACAGGAAAGUCAAGGCAAAAUCUAUUAUUUUUCACCGGAAGAAGAAUUUGCAGUAUUAUGAUAUUUCAGCCAAGAGUAACUACAACUUUGAGAAGCCUUUUCUGUGGCUGGCAAGAAAGCUAAUCCGAGAUCCCAACUUGGAAUUUGUUGUCAUGCCUGCUCUUGCACCACCAGAAGUUGUUAUGGAUCCAGCACUGGCAGCACAAUAUGAGCAAGAUUUACAGAUUGCUCAGACCACUGCACUGCCUGAUGAAGAUGAUGACUUAUGAGAGAGUAAAGCUGGAGCCCAGCAUCAGAGGUCUAGUUUUAUAGGCAACUGUCCUGUCAUGUCAGUGGUGCAGUGUGUUUGCCACUUUAUUAUU